AUGCAGUCUCACCCGAAAUUAAUGGAAUUGCGUCCUGAUCGAUCAUUACUGAACUCUGAUUUUGACGGUUAUAAGUUGUCUUUGGCCGAGAUCCCCACAAUUAGCGAGCAGUUAAAAGUACCAGUGGACAGAUUAGUGCCUGAUGUAAAUCAGUAUUCGUUGCUCCAUGCAAAACUCUUUGCUCUUCACAAUCAUUUGAUUAGCGAAAAUGAUAAUGAAUCAGUUUAUUUUGUUGAUAAAGAGUUGAACGUUCAAAAAUUUAGCAUUGAAUCAUUGACACACACAUUCUGUAAAACAACCGUGUGGACGCUACCUUUACAGAGAGAAAGGAGCUUUGGGGAUUACAAUAUUUCCCUGAAAUUUGCCUCAAGUCAGAUUGCCGUUGUAGCAGAUGGAAUGGGCUAUCUUUACGUAUUAGACAGGGGCUGCAGAGACAUUGACGAUAAAUGGAAGAUACUCUUUUCUGGGGACGUGACAGGUCCUGAUCAGAAGUUUGUUGUAACUGAUGUGGUUUUUAAAGAGGCCCCAAAACCACAUUUGCAUUUAUUACUAACCAGUAUAAGACAGAGGGAAGCGAAUGAGAGAAAUUCAACAAUUUUGCACUGGAUAACUUUGGAAAAAAGCGAUUCGUGGAACCAAGUGGCUUUGAGGGAACUAACAGUUAAAGGCUUCGUCCAGUACGCAAAUUUCGAACGCACUUGUGACGCAGUUUACGUAAUCAGCGAUGAUGGUUGCAAAUUCACCCUGGAUUCGGAAAAUGAAAUCAAAAAAGCCGAAGAAAUUCAAGUUGAAAAGAAAUACAAGUGGAGCCAAACCAGUGAAGAUUUGACCAUUAAAUUUCCACUUCCUGAAAAUUUUAAGAAAAAUUUAGUCCACGUAACCACCGAACCAACCCACAUCUCGGUCAAAUACGAAAAUGAGACUCUCCUAACCGGCAAAUUGUAUCACCAAAUAGACCCUGAUGUGACCUGUUGGACCAUUGAGUCAAGCACUCUCGUCCUAACUUUACAAAAGUGUGAAUCCGGCCUUAUGUGGCCAGAAAUCGUCGAAGGUGGCUACGUUUUUGGCGAAUAUUUGCCAGAUCCGGCUUUAGUUAGCGAAAUUGCGGCGAGAUUGGCCCCACUUACGAGCGAUACCGAGAUGGGGCCGCCCACAGGGACCACUUUCAACAGCCAACAAGUGGAAGAGUGUGACUUUGAGUGCGAUAAAUUGACUGUGUUUGAACGAAUUUCGCGCGAUUCGCAUGAGGUCACCCAUAAAAUCAACUUGGGGUCACAUCAAGUCCUGCUAAGUGUUGGGUUGGAAGAGAACCAGCCGUUGGCUGUAGGGAUCCGAAGUGAUGUUGAUACGUGUAUCUGGCAGCCGACUAAUGAAAAUGAGUUUCGAUUGGUUCAUAAGGGUACUUUGCUAGCGCUGGGUUAUAUUCAGGCGUCAAAACAACAAAUGAAGUUUUUUGUGGCCUCUCCUGACCUGAGUUACGCCGCUAUUUGCGAAUCGACCAAACACAUUUUUAUUUAUUGCCAAAAUAAAAGCAUCGGUUUGAAUCAGUUAAGGAAUAGAACGACUGGGAAAAGAGUAAACGCAUUAGCACAGCAACAAGUCUUCAGUCUACCUUCAAACGAGGAAAUUUUAGGGAUUUAUGCUUCAAAUACUUGUUUAUACGUGUUGGGAGAAAAUUUCAUAACGGCACUUAAAUUGUAAUUUUUUAUUAAUUUUUGUAACAUUUCAAUAAAUAAGUUUCACUCUUUUGUAACAA